UAACGACUUCAGCUGGUCUGGGAUUCACAGAACGUUAACGAAAUCACGAUAUAAAAAGAUAGUAAAUACCCUCUUACCAUAUUCAAUUCGCGUCAAGCAAAAAUACAAAUCAACUUCAACAUGCCAGAUCAAGCAUCCAUAAACCGAUCUCUCAAUACCAUUCGAACUGAGCUCGAAUACUUGCAACAGAGUGGUGCUGUUGCUCCAGCUCAAUUUCAAUCAAUUAUGGCACAACUUCCUCAAGGAAAUGGUCAACCAUCCCAAUACAUAGAUCCUCGAUAUAAUCCCAACGGUGGUUUUAACCCAAGUAAAAUAAGCCAAGAAGCUCAAGAUCCGGGUCAUCCCGCACAUCCUCAAAAUCCUAAGCAUCACGAAUGGGCAAAGAAGAUGGCUACUAAGUUUGGUAAUGCAGCGGUUUUCGGUGCAGGAGCGACGUUUGGUGGGGAUUUGGUUAAUGAUGUUAUGAGAAAGUUUUGAAGCUCGGGAUUAAUUGCUUAGAGUCAUAGAAUAAUGGUAGUUGACGGAUGAGUUGAAGUGAAGUAAGAUGGUUGGGUGAUCUUAGAAAGUCUUCAUUUCCCAAAAUUCAUGUAAAUGCACUUGAUAACACCAAGUGGUCAAAUUUUGCAUCGCUAAUCCAAAUUACCAAGCUUCUUCCAAUGGAAACAGCUCUGUUAUCUCACAAUGAGCUGCUUGACUUGGAUUCGAGUCAACGGCAUGCAAUUUUGUACAUAGUAUCUGGUUACCGCUCUCAAAAAAGAAACUGGUUCGUGCCGGCCCCGUCAUUGCAAUCCUAUGGGUAACAAAAAGGGGCAAUGGCAGUUUUCAUACUGCAACA